UGUUCGUCUCAGGUACCCUCUUAUCAAUCUGUGCAGAGUUUCAAAGGUACCUAUAGAAAUGGCUCUCACUGGCACCUCCAUUGUUCCUACCAAAUCUUUUGUUCAGAGCCAAUCGUCUCUCCUACUCUCUUCCAAAACCCACCAACCCUCCCUCUUCACCUACCCCAUCAAACAAAAAUCAAGAUCUAUCCUUCCCAUCUCCGCCGUUCACGCCGCCGAACCCGCCAAGACCCCUGCCGUAUCUGAUAAGAAACAACCGCAGGCUGUAACGCCUAAACCGGCUGCGCCGACAACGACCCACAAUGCGGUUCCCGGGAAAUGGAGCGUGGAGAGCUGGAAAUCGAAGAAGGCUCUGCAGCUUCCGGAGUACCCGGAUCAGGAGGAGUUGGAAUCGGUGCUCAAGACGAUUGAUUCGUUCCCUCCGAUUGUGUUCGCAGGAGAGGCACGAAGCUUGGAGGAGCGUCUAGGGGAGGCUGCCUUGGGUAAUGCUUUUCUGUUGCAAGGUGGGGAUUGUGCGGAGAGCUUCAAGGAGUUCAAUGCCAACAAUAUUCGUGACACCUUCAGGAUCCUUCUCCAGAUGGGGGUUGUACUGAUGUUCGGUGGUCAAAUGCCUGUUAUCAAGGUGGGGAGGAUGGCGGGUCAGUUUGCGAAGCCCAGGUCUGAAUCAUUCGAGGAGAAGAACGGUGUCAAACUGCCGAGUUACAGAGGGGACAAUGUGAAUGGAGAUGCUUUCGACUUGAAGUCAAGGACUCCGGACCCGCAGAGGUUGAUUAGGGCUUAUUGUCAAUCUGCGGCCACUCUUAAUCUUCUUAGGGCUUUCGCUACUGGUGGUUAUGCUGCUAUGCAGAGGGUGACGCAGUGGAAUUUGGAUUUCACGGAGCACAGCGAGCAGGGGGAUAGGUAUCGUGAGCUUGCUAGCCGGGUUGAUGAGGCCCUUGGGUUCAUGUCUGCAGCUGGACUCACAAUUGACCACCCUAUAAUGACGACAACAGAAUUCUGGACAUCUCAUGAGUGCUUGCUUUUGCCAUAUGAGCAGUCACUCACAAGGCUUGAUUCAACUUCUGGCCUCUACUAUGAUUGCUCUGCUCAUUUUCUCUGGGCUGGAGAACGUACCAGGCAGCUCGAUGGUGCACAUGUUGAGUUUCUUCGUGGAAUUGCAAAUCCACUUGGAAUUAAGGUGAGUGAUAAGAUGGACCCCAAUGAGCUAGUUAAGCUCAUUGAGAUUUUGAAUCCUCAGAACAAACCAGGGAGGAUAACGGUGAUCACAAGAAUGGGAGCCGAGAACAUGAGAGUAAAGCUCCCGCAUCUAAUUAGGGCUGUCCGCAGGGCAGGACAAAUCGUCACGUGGGUCAGUGAUCCUAUGCAUGGAAAUACAAUAAAGGCUCCUUGUGGUCUUAAAACUCGCCCCUUUGAUUCUAUCAGGGCAGAGGUAAGGGCAUUCUUUGAUGUGCAUGAGCAAGAAGGAAGCCACCCUGGAGGAGUCCAUCUGGAGAUGACUGGCCAGAAUGUGACGGAGUGCAUCGGUGGAUCACGGACUGUAACAUUUGACGAUCUGGGUUCACGCUACCAUACUCACUGCGACCCUAGGUUGAAUGCUUCCCAGUCUCUGGAGCUUGCAUUCAUUAUUGCAGAGCGCCUGAGAAAGAGAAGAAUCGGAUCACAACAGCCUCUUCCCUCUGUUGGGUUUUAGAAUAGCUGCAAUUGCGCAUGAAUAUUGUUUGUUCUUUUUUCCUUAAGACUUUCUAGUAUCCGUAUGAAUGUGGUACCUAGGUGCUGAGUUAAAUUGUUCUUGUGGUAUGUAUGUGUAUAUUAAAAGAUUGGAAUGGUUUGAGACUCGGAAGAAACAUCAAAAGAAUAAAGUUUAUUAGUUAAUAUAUGAGGUGAUCCCUUUAUGUGAAA